AUGGCUACUGCCUCACCAUCUCGUGUGAAAGACUGUUAUCUUUGCUCUUCUUCUUUAAAAGACUCUGUUGUUUUAAGAUGCUGUCACAGUUUGUGUAAAAGCUGCUUACAGAGCUAUUGGGAGUUCAACAAGACUCUGGAUUGUCCUGUUUGUUUAAAGGAGACUCACUGUUCUGUGCUUCUGCAGUAUCUGAGUGUUUCCCGCUUUGCCACCGUGUGUAAAUUCUCUCAUGACAGCAACGCAAAACCAAACCAUGCUAGGAAAUCAGAAACUGUGAUGAGAGAGCAGUCAAGUGAAACCAGGGACGAGGAUGUAGAUGCAGAUGUGAUGCUACAUGACGUAAUUCCUUCAACAAGUGAAUCUGAAGAGGAACCUCAUCCACCAACCACAGCUACAUCGAAAUCGUUGAGGUCCAUCCUGUGUCCAAAAUGCGGCAAGAGAUUCGAAAAAAAAUCUGACCUGAGAGCUCACGAAAAAGUGCACGUCUUCAGAAAGCCGUAUCAGUGUUCCACCUGUGGAAAGAGUUACGCUGGGAAAGAUGAGCUUACUUUACACAUGCGUCUGCACACAGGUGAGAAGCUGUUUAACUGCCCUCACUGUGAGAAAAAGUUCACCAGAGAGAAAUGUUUGAAGUCCCACUUAAGGAGCCACACAGGGGAAAAGCCGUUCUCUUGUUCUCAAUGUGGGAACAGUUUUUCUCUAAAAUGUACACUAAAAAAUCACCUGCGGCUGCAUGCUGGAAAUCUGCCUUAUCAGUGUGAUCAUUGCGGAAAGCUUUUUAACAGUGCAGGUGCUAUGAGGAGCCACAAGGUGACCCACACCGGUGAGAGGCCUUUUCCAUGUCCACAAUGUGACAAAAAGUUUAUCCUAAAGAUUGAGCUGAAGACUCACCUCUAUAGCCAUUCAGGAAUCAAACCAUUCAGCUGUUCAGUGUGUGGGAAGAGUUUCGUAACGAAGCAGGUACUUAACACUCAUCAGGUCGUUCACAAGGAUGACCGCCCCUUUCACUGCACGCAGUGCGAGAAAAGCUUCAAAAGGAUAAGCCAUUUAACAUCACACAUAAAGACCCACAGCUCUGACACCCCUUACAAGUGCACCUACUGCAGCAAAUCCUUCAAACUUCCCUUCUACCUAAAACUGCAUGAGAGUAUUCACACUGGAGAGAAGCCUUACAGCUGUGAGCAGUGUGGCAAAAGCUUUCGUUUAUCAGGUGAUUGCACCAAACACCAGGCUGUACAUUCAGAGGAAAAACCAUACAAGUGCUCAAUCUGUGAUAUGAGGUUUCACUUCAACAGUGGGCUGUGGAACCACAAAGCCAUUCACUCUGAGGACAAACCUUACCACUGUGAGAAGUGUGGAAAGAGCUUUAACAGACUCAAUUACCUGAAAAACCACAAGUUGAUCCACACUGAUGAAAGACCUUAUAAGUGUUCUCAAUGUGAUUUGGCUUUCAAGACUUCAUCUUUGCUCAGGUUACACAAAAUGAUUCACUCCAAGACCCUGCUACACUGCAGCAUCUGUGACAAAACCUUCACUCGCCAAAAAUCCUUCAAAAUUCAUCAAGACGUUCAUGCAGGGAUUAAAGUCUACAAAUGCUCUGAGUGUGGAAAAGGCCUGAGCUCGGAAAGUUACUUGAAGAAGCACAUGGAGCAACACUUUGAAAAGAAAAUGUACCACUGUGGUGAGUGUGAGAAGAGUUUUAGAUCAGUGGCAUACCUGAGGAAGCACCAGAAGAUGGUGCACAUUGAUGAGAAGCUGUAAAUAAUACAAAAGGGAUACUGGUUACUCACCAGCUGCAACAUUCAGGAGAGAAGGAGCACACUUGAUCCCAUUGUGGGAAGGUAGAUUUAGAAAGAGGAUCAGUCGGCAUGAGACGAUUCACUCUUUGAUUCACUCACGAUUCAGAAGAGAGACCUAAAUGAUACUCAGUUUGGUAAAGAAUUUAUUAAGAGCCACCAUCUAAAACAUCAAAAAAUAAAUGGCGAGUGGAGAUAAUAUUUAGCAUUAUGUUUGUUUUUUGUUUUUCUAUUGAAAAUGUCAGAUUUUUCCUUCUUUGUAAGCUGUUCAGGCAUUGGUUACACUUAAGUGAAUGUAGUUUUUAUACAGUAUUAUAUAGUUAGUAGUUUUAAAAAUUCAUGCAAUUUGAUUUCUAUAAAAAAAUUUAAUGUGAAAAAUAUAUUUUUCAUUUACACAAGACCUAGUUGUUGACCUUGGAGAGUUGCUAAAAUAUCACUGCAAGAGAGAAUUAACAAUAACAGACACAAUUGUAGUCAAUGUAUGCUUUAUUUCUUUUUGCAUUUUUCGUAUAUUCAAAUAAAACUCACAUUACAUAAAAUGUUUGUUAGAAUUAAGAGACUUUCCCCCCCACAGCCCACAUUUAUACAUUUUAUAUUUUUCAUAUAACCCUGCAUAUUCCUCAUUAUGUUAUCCUCAUAUUACUUAUGACUUUUAUGUUUUAGCUUGCAAAUAUUAAGAUUGAGCCAAUUUCUUUAGAUGUGCCGAAACUCGCAAUGAACUGGUCAGCUCAGGUUAUGUUGACACGAGCAUCUUCCUUGUUCUUAGUUUUAACUUCUCUGUCACUGUACCAUUACAAAUGUACCAUUAACCAAUAUGAUCAAGAGUUAGUCCAGACAUUGUCCAUCUCUGUCUGCAGGUGAUCCACACUUCCUCUUUUUGUCUUUAUAAAUUGUGUACCUAUUACAA